AGCUAACAACUUGCUCACUCCCCACGACCAUCCUCAACGGCCUCAACGACUUCCAUCCGCCCUCGUCCUCCACCACCUCUCCGUUGUCACGACUCCCAUUCCCACGCUCUAAUCAUGUCUGAACCGUACGACCCUUAUCUUCCCCGCACUGGCUCGUCCCCGAAUCCGGCUGGUCCUACUGCGGGCAACUCCAAAACGGCCGCCAUUCAGGCGCAGAUUGACGACACCGUCGGUAUCAUGAGAGAGAACAUCACCAAGGUUGCAGAACGAGGAGAGAGGCUGGAUCAGCUUCAGGAUAAGACUGACAACUUGGCUGUAUCCGCGCAAGGAUUCCGUCGCGGGGCGAAUCGGGUCCGCAAGAACAUGUGGUGGAAAGAUAUGAAGAUGCGAAUAAUUAUCGGGGUUGCCAUCGCUAUUAUUAUUGUGAUCAUCGUGGUGUCUAUCGUGAAGGCGACACACCAUUAAAUGCCGUAUUUAUUCUAUCCGCCAUCUCCUUCCGCCUGCCUGGUUUCCUGUGUCAUGCCCCCGCCCGUUCCUCGAUUGCCCUUCACUUUUACGAUUAGCUCGGACAUUCUAACGAGUUUAUCGUUGUGUUGUAUCUACGUCCCUCUUACUGUAAUGUCUGUCGUUGCCUCACUUUGCAGUGGGUGUUAGGAAGAUAUGCAAUAUUCUCUUUCCUAGUAGUUCUUUAUCAUAUGUUUUCUCUCGGAUUUUGAUGGACGCUUUCGACAAUGAUAUCUUGUCUGUUGAGACUUGGUCGUGGGCUUCCAAGUAUGUAUUUUGUGAAGAAUCGGCUCCUCCACAUGGGCAC